GCUAUCGCCUCGCCCGCACAAUAGCACGGCGUCCAGCAGCCACUCCAUGGCAGCGUGUGCCGCCGCGACCACCACCGACUCGCAGCUGCAUUCUUCCAUGCUCGACGAACCGCGCGUCAGAUCAACCGCGCAACGGACGCUGUAACGCGGACCGAGCCAUCUCCCACUCGACGCACACACACCAUCGCCAACAUGGCAAGCGCGACGCCGCGACCCGGGCUGCAGCACCCGAUGAAGGGCUGCUCCAAGAUCGGCGAGUACGAGAUGAUGCAGAAGCUCGGCGAGGGCACGUUCGGCGAGGUGCACAAGGCGCGUCACCGCAAGACGGGCAGCGUGUACGCGCUGAAGAAGAUCCUGAUGCACAACGAGAAGGACGGCUUCCCCAUCACGGCGCUGCGCGAGAUCAAGCUGCUGAAGAUGCUGUCGCACGACAACGUCCUCAAGCUGGAGGAGAUGGCAGUGGAGCGCCCCAAGGCCGAGGGCAGGAAGCGCGCCAUCCUCUACAUGGUCACGCCGUACAUGGAUCACGACCUGUCGGGUCUGCUCGACAACCCGGACGUCAAGUUCUCGGAGCCGCAGAUCAAGUGCUACAUGCUGCAGCUGUUCAAGGGCCUGCGCUAUCUGCACGACAACCACAUCCUGCACCGCGACAUGAAGGCCGCCAACCUGCUCAUCAACAACCGCGGCCGCCUCCAGAUUGCUGAUUUUGGUCUGGCGCGCCAUUACGAUGAGACUCCGCCACAGCGCGGGAAAGGCAACGGCACCGCGACAAGAGAGUACACGACACUGGUGGUGACGAGGUGGUAUCGCCCGCCCGAGCUGCUUCUCCAGCUGCGGCGAUACACACCAGCCAUCGACAUGUGGGGUGCAGGCUGCGUCUUUGGCGAGAUGUUCAAGCGCAAGCCCAUCCUCGCCGGCAACAGCGACAUCCACCAAGCAACAAUCAUAUUCGACCUGGUCGGCACGCCCAACGACCAGACCAUGCCUGGAUGGGAUGAGCUUCCUGGCGCCGAGGCCGUCGUCAAGGGCUAUCCCAAAGGCACUGGCAACAUUGCCCAAGUGUUCCGCGAGCUCUCUCCGACUGGACUGUCCCUGAUCAAAGAGCUUAUGAAACUCAACUGGCGCACGCGAAUCAACGCCAUUGACGCAAUUGACCACCCAUACUUCAAAGAAAGCCCAAAACCCAUGCGCGAAGAAGACAUCCCCCACUUCGCCGACUCGCACGAACUCGACCGCAGAACCGCGCGCGGCAAACAACAAGCACUCCCCCCAGCACCCGCAGGCGGCACCGUUGGCGGCGGACCAAACGGCGAAUGGACAGGCCAAGGCCCACCGCCGCACGCCUGGCAGAACGGCGACCGACGAUACGGCGGCCCACAAGACCGUGGACCACCCGGCGUCGAUCGCCCACCAAGAGGUUACGACCGUCGCCCAGGCCCCUACGACCACAGACCACCUCCACCCCCACCUCCAGAAGGCCGACGACCAAACUGGGGCAACGGCGCACCGCCCGCCGGCGACGGCAGAAACUCCCUCCAACCUCCCCGCUACGCGCAGGAUCGCAGACCACAGCAACCAGGCGGUGACGUAUAUAUACCCACAUACAACGAGAACGGCCCGCGACGAUCGAGGGAACCGGAUGAGAGGCCGAGGCGGGGGUCGCGGGAUAGCGGCAAUUCGCGCGAGGGACCUCAGGAUGGGGGGAGAGCGUAUCGGGACCGAGACCGCCAGUCUGAGAAUCGAAAUUUGGGGAGAAGGGAUGGUAGGACGAGGAGUAGGAGUCCUGAGCGGAGGGAUAGGAGGGAUCGCGAUGCGGAUAUUUAUCGCAGGCGGUGAUGAGGGUUGGGCGAGGGGGGUGUGCAUGGCGUCACGGACGGUGCAGUAUAUGGAAUGAAGGAAUGGAAUGGAUGGAGGGAUGUGAGACUGUGGUUUAGACACUGGUCUUCUUCUUCUUCUUUUUUUUUAUCGCGUGGAGUAGAGUGGGUGCAGCAUUUUCUGGCGUUUUGUUCUUGAUACCACACACCAUAUCAUACUAUACUAUACCAGCUUUACUAGAAGCAACGCU